ACGUUUUAAACGUUGCACACAAACAUGGCGCUCCACUGCGGUCGAGCGUGCAGAACAUAUUUACUUCAUCUUGCACACGAUAAUGUGGAUUUUAGAUUACCGGAAAUAAAAGCAUUGCUGUCUCUAAGGAGCCGCCCAUUUGAAACAUCUGACACGUUCAAAGAAAAGUCUCCAUUUUGGCAAUUAAAUGGCUUAUUGGAGGAUGACAUACGAAGCGUCAUGUCAAGAACAGUUUGUGCCAAGUCUGCUUUUGAACUCUGGGGUCAUGGUAAAACACAAUCCGAGCUGAAGACAUCAUUGCUAGAGUAUCCACCAGAGAAUAUGGCUCCGUAUUUACAGCAGAACUUAACGUAUAAGAUCAACGUCUACACUUUUAACAAGACCUUGGAUUUUAAGGACAGAAUCAAGAAGAUUGAUGCUCUAGACUUUUUGCCUUUUGAAGGGAAGGUGAACCUGAAGGACACUGAUCACAUCUUUUGUUUGCUGGAGGAUUAUGGCUCUGAUCCUAAUAACAUCCCAGAGGAGCCUUUGCAUAUGUAUUUUGGGAGAUGGCUUGCAGACGGUCAGAGAGAACUAAUCCGCUCUUACAGCGUAAAGAAGAGACAUUUCAUCGGAAACACUAGUAUGGAUGCUGGUCUGUCUUUCAUUAUGGCCAAUCAUGCCGGAGUGAAGGCUGAUGACCUGGUGUAUGACCCUUUUGUGGGAACAGGUGAGCAGUCUCUGGUUGCGUGUUCACACUUUGGAGCUUAUGUGAGUGGGACAGACAUCGAUUAUAACACUAUCCAUGGAAUAGGAAAAGCCAGCAGGAAGAAUCAGAAAUGGAGAGGUCCGGACGAGAACAUCCGAGCAAACCUGAGGCAGUACGGGACUGAGAGUCUGUACGUGGACGUCAUGGUGUCCGAUGCUUCCAAAACCAUCUGGAGAAAAAACGCACUGUUUGACGCUAUUGUUACAGACCCUCCGUAUGGUAUCCGCGAGUCAACAAGAAGAACAGGAUCCCAUAAAGACAUCAUCAGACCUCCUGAUGACUUCGCUGGAGAAAGCUUCGUCCCUGUUUCAAUGGCGUACCACUUGAGUGACAUCUUUGCUGAUCUCUUGAAUUUUGCAGCCCAUCAUUUGGUUUUGGGUGGGCGUCUCGUCUACUGGCUUCCGGUCUACAAACCAGAGUACUGUGAGGAGAUGGUCCCUCUUCAUCCAUGUCUCGCUCUCAUCAGCAACUGUGAACAGACUCUAUCCAGCCACACUUCAAGAAGACUGAUCACCAUGGAGAAGUCUAAGGAGCCUGAGGAUUCAGACAAACUAGUGCAUCUUGCGGACCCCCGGUUCUCUUCGUACCAGGGUCACAACUCCUUCAGAGAGAAAUACUUCAGUGGUCUCACCAAGAAGAACGGAAGGGAGUCAAAACCAACCCAAAAAACUGAGUAGAUUGCACAAAGAUGAAAGUUAUUUGUCUGUAAUUGUAUUUAUUUUCUUUUUCUUUUUAUAAAACUAAAUUUUUAUACCAUCUUAUAAUGUGUAAAUAUCUUUUGUCAAGCUACGAAACGUGAUUUCAAUAAAAGCUUGUUUUAU